GGGAUGGACCCUUACACGAUUCAGAUGCACAGCAACAACCACCUCCCCUCGGUUGUAGAUGUGCAUGUCAACAUUGGUGGGAGAAGCUCUGUGGCAGGCAAGAAGAAAGGCAGGAAGACCAGAUGGUGUGUGAGGUCCUCGGACAUGUCCAACAGAACCUUUAAUCCCAUCCGGGCCAUCGUGGACAACAUGAAGGUGAAGCCGAACCCCAGCAAAGCCAUGAUUUCCCUCUCAAUUGGAGAUCCUACUGUGUUUGGAAACCUGCCCACAGACCCUGAAGUUACCCAAGCAAUGAAAGAUGCCUUGGAUUCGGGGAAAUAUAAUGGCUAUGCCCCAUCCAUUGGCUACCUAUGCAGCCGGCAGGAGGUGGCUUCUUAUUAUCAUUGCCCAGAGGCCCCUCUGGAUGCUCAGGAUGUCAUUCUGACAAGUGGCUGCAGCCAGGCUAUUGAACUCUGCUUAGCUGUGCUGGCCAAUCCAGGGCAAAAUAUCCUGGUUCCAAGACCUGGUUUCUCUCUAUACAGGACUUUGGCUGAAUCUAUGGGAAUUGAAGUCAAACUCUAUAAUUUACUGCCAGAGAAAUCUUGGGAAAUUGACCUGAAACAACUGGAGUCUCUGAUUGAUGAGAAGACAGCUUGUUUGAUCAUCAACAAUCCGUCAAACCCCUGUGGGUCAGUGUUCUGUAAAAGUCAUCUUCAAAAGAUUCUGGCAGUGGCCGCGAGGCAGUGUGUCCCCAUCUUGGCUGAUGAGAUCUACGGUGACAUGGUGUUCUCACAAUGCAAAUAUGAGCCACUGGCCACCCUCAGUACAAAUGUUCCCAUCCUGUCCUGUGGAGGACUGGCCAAGCGCUGGCUGGUUCCUGGCUGGAGGCUGGGCUGGAUCCUCAUUCAUGACCGAGGAGGGGUUUUUGGCAAUGAGAUUCGAGAUGGACUGGUGAAACUGAGUCAGAGAAUCUUGGGACCCUGCACCAUUGUCCAGGGAGCUCUGAAAAGCAUCUUGCAUCGCACCCCUCAAGAGUUCUACCACAACACUCUGAGCUUCCUCAAGUCCAAUGCUGAUCUUUGCUAUAGGGCGCUGGCUGCCAUCCCUGGACUCCAGCCAGUCCGUCCUUCUGGAGCCAUGUACCUCAUGGUUGGAAUUGAGAUGGAACAUUUCCCAGAGUUUGAAAAUGAUGUGGAGUUCACAGAGCGGUUAGUUGCUGAGCAGUCCGUCCACUGCCUCCCGGCAACGUGUUUUGAGUAUCCAAAUUUCUUCCGAGUGGUCAUCACAGUGCCUGAGGUGAUGAUGCUGGAAGCCUGCAGCCGGAUCCAGGAGUUCUGUGAACAGCACUACCACUGUACUGAAGGGAGCCAGGAAGAGUGUGACAAAUAGGUCCUCGUCCAUUCUGCUGCGAUGCAUCCACCUGGGGCGGGCUGCACUGGACCCUGCUGGUCCUCCAUCCUGGGAGGAAGGCCUCCCCAGCACCAUGUCAAGAAUUCUGGACGACUCCUGCUUUCCCCCAGUUACAUCUCUCUGCUUCCCACCCUCUAACAUCAAACCUGAUUCUCCUUCUACUCUGCUCUGCUGAAGCCACACACCAGUUCACCAUCUGCCUCCUCCCGUAUGACUUCUUCCUUACAGUACCAGGUAGACAGAGGUUACCACAAAGCAGCUGAGAGCUGAAAAACCAGAGCUCAGGGGCUGGGGGAAAAUGAUGGAGAGAAUAUCUGCCUCCACCAUUCCCUCACAACUCCGAUCAAGAAGUCACAGCUCAGUCAGGUCUGAAGCCCAGCUCCCAUCACAGAGCUCUAUCUGGAAAGAAGCUGGAAAAGCUGGGCACAUGUGUAUUUGAUUAAUUAUAUUCUAAAAACUUGUUUAAAGGAUCCCUCAAAGAAACAAUUCAACUGAUUUGGGGGGGGUAAAGAAUUAAUAUGUGAUGCAAAUAAAUAGCCUUUAAUUGACUGAGUUCCUAAAUUUAGAUUUGUAUGCAUCAGGCCUCCUUCAAAUGAGAGCCUAUGCAUUCCAAAGAACCUUGUAGAAAUAUUACUGGGGAAGGGCCUGAAAUAUCAUCACUUGUCAUUGUUACAGAAUGAUUACUACUUUUGCUGUAAUAUUAAUAUUGAUUUAUUAAUAUAUAUUAUGUUUUCCUAUGUUUUCUAAGAAACAUUUAUAUUAACAAGAUCCUUUAUUUUGCCAAGGGCAUAAUAAAUUAUUGUUUUUUUUAAAUAAAUAUACCA